UCGUGAGUGCAGCGGAUGUGGUGAUGAAAGGUUGGGCUGAGCUGAGCUCGUGCAAGCAAACAAACAAACAGUACAGCUAGUAGAGGCCCUUUGUUUGUGAUGCCGCCCUCUGUCAACACCCGCCCGCAGCGCGUGUAAUGCGCCUGUGCAUGUACUUUGGUACCCCUCCAGCCCGCGCCACAGCACCCAAGUACAGCGACCUAGCACUGCAGUCGGAGCCGGUGGCUGGCGCCCAAGGCCGCUAUGCAGGUGAAGCUUCGGUGAGCCACCCGCUGGGCCUGAUGGCAAGAAAGUGCCUGCAGCGGGCUUCGGCACUGAGCCUUAAUAGGCUGCAGGGCUUUUUCCUAAGCGAGCCGCUUUUUCGGGGGGACCCCACCUACCCGAAAGAGAAGUUGAUCCUAUCAGUGGUUGGCGAGCCGGCAGAACCCCGGAUGCGGAGCGGCUCCGAAAGCUCUAGGCAGCUCGUCUUUCACAAAAGCCCAGCAAACUGGUCUCACUCUUGUCACUGCCGCAAGGGAGCUCUGGCGGCCUGGCAAAAGGGCUCCGGUUCAGCUGGCAAUUCGACCGGGCAAGGAGAGGGAAGAUCGGAAGACUUUUCCCCUCUCCCUCCUUUGCGUCGGGCGGCGGGCUGGUGGCCCUUUUAUAGUUUCCAGGGCCUGCUUGACGCCAUCUCCAGAGCUGUUUGCUGGCACCCCUCCAACUCGCCGUCUCGUGACUUGAGCUUUCCCUGCAUUUCUCUAGUCUACAGAUGUCACCCCUCCAUCUGAUGGCUCGAUUCGCCGCUUUUUAGCCCGAUAAAUGAAGCCGUUUCCUAUCACGUCGCCCACCUUAUUUCGAUGACGCUCGAUGGUUUGAAGCUCCACUGCGCUCUGCACCAACCCCCAAAAAUGGGUGCGUUUCGCAUUAGCACCAUUGGCGGCACUGCAAACGAAAACGCAUCCAUAUGACUGUCUGUACGCAUUUCACCAUUA